GCAGCCCCGGAAACCAUGAAGGGGGGGAAGCCAAGGUCCCCUCCGAGGAAGCAGGGGAGACUCUCCACCUGCUCCACGUGCAGGAAAUCCUUUGCUUACCGGUCCCUCCUUUUGAUCCACCGGAAGGUGCACACAGGGAAUGGAUCGCAUCUGUGUGUGGAGUGUGGCAAAUCCUUUCCUGGAGUGUGGGGCUUUGCCAAACAUCUCAGGGGCCACCCCAGACUUAGGCCCUACAAAUGCGGAGAGUGCGGAAAGCGUUUUGCUAGAGGCUCGGACCUUGGAGCCCAUCAGCGACUCCACUGGGGAAGGAGACCUCAGGAAUGGCAGAAGCACCUGAAAAGGUUUCCUGAGAGAAGAUGUCUUUCUAGACCUCCAAAGGGCCCCACUGAAGAGAAGCCCUGCAGAUGUGGACAGUGUGGGCUGUGCUGUGCUCAACAGUCUAAGCUUCUUCAACAUGUGCAAAUCCACACUGGAGAGAAACCUUAUAAAUGUCUGGAGUCUAGCAAAUCAUAUAAUCCGAAACCGAUUCUGAAGAUCCAUGAGAAGUGCCACACAGGAGAGAAACCUUACAAGUGCUGGCAAUGUGGGAAGGGCUUUACUCGCAACUCACAUCUUUGGGCACAUAAGAAGGCUCACACAGGAAUAAAACCUUAUAAAUGCUUCGAGUGUGGAAAAAGUUUCACUCAAAGUUCAUCUCUUCGGAGCCAUGAGAAAACACACAGAGGGGAGAAAGACGAAAAGUGCCUAGAAUGUGGGAAAUGUUUUUCCCAGAAAUCACACCUGGUGCGACAUCAGAGAAUUCACAAUGGAGAGAGACCCUAUGAAUGCCCAGAAUGUGAGAAACGAUUUGUGGAUUCUUCUGAACUUCACAGACACCAGUUGAGGCACAUAGGGGAAAAACCCUAUGAAUGCGGGGAGUGUGGGAAAAGUUUUAUUUCAUCAGCAAAGCUUCUGAUUCAUCAGAGAAUCCACACAGGGGAGAGGCCAUACAAGUGUGUGGAAUGUGGGAAGUGUUUUGCACAAAAGGGAGGACUUUGGGAACAUUUGAACAUUCACACAGGGGAGAAGCCCUAUCAAUGCAUCGAGUGUGGAACAUUUUUCCGUACAGCAACAGGCCUCAGAUGUCAUGUGAAAGUUCACACGGGGGAAAAAAAUUACAAAUGUUUAGAGUGUGGGAGGGCAUUUUCUUGUCAAUCAUCCCUUAGAAAUCACAGCCGGAUGCAUAUUUAUGGAGUAUCUCAUAAUGCAUAUGAAAUGCCCCAUAGAUGUGUGGAGUGUGAUAAAUGUUUUUCCAGUAAAGCAACUCUUUUGAGGCAUCAGAGAAUUCAUACAGGAGAAAAACCUUACCAAUGUCCGGAGUGUGGGAAAUCUUUUUGUCACAAAGAAUAUCUCAGAAACCACGAGAGGCUUCACACAGGAGAGAAACCUUACAAGUGUGGGCAGUGUGGGAAGGGCUUUACUCGCAUCUCACAGCUUCGGGUCCAUGAGAAGGCUCACACAGGAAUAAGACCUUAUAAAUGCUUCGAGUGUGGAAAAAGUUUCAUUCAGAAUUCAUCUCUUCGGAUCCAUGAGAAAACACACACACAGGAGAAAAACGAAAAGUGCCUAGAAUGUGGGAAAUGCUUAUCCACCAAAUCAAGCCUGCUGCGACAUCAGAGAAUUCAUACCGGAGACAGACCCUAUGAAUGCCCAGAAUGUGAGAAACGAUUUGUGGAGUCUGCUGAACUUCAGAGACACCAGAAAGGGCACAAAGGAGAGCAACCCUAUAAAUGUGGGGAGUGUGGGAAAUGCUUUUUCCAAAAACAACAACUUGGAAGGCAUCAGAGGGUCCAUACAGGAGUGACACCAUACAGAUGUGUAGACUGUGGGAAAUAUUUUUCUGGGAAAUCAAGUCUGGUGCGACAUCAGAGAAUUCACACUGGAGAAAGACCCUAUGAAUGCUCAGAAUGUAAGAAACGAUUUUUGGCUGCUUCUGAGCUUCGGAGACACCAGAAUGGUCACAGAGGAGAUAAGCCGUACAAAUGUGGGGAGUGUGGGAAAAGCUUUUCACAAAAACAGUACCUUGGAAGGCAUCAGUGGGUCCAUACAGGUGUGACACCAUAUAAAUGCAUAGAAUGUGGGAAAUGUUUUUCUCAAAAAACAGUACUUUCAGAACAUCAGAACAUUCACACAGGGGAGAAACCCUUUCAAUGCAUGGAGUGUGGAACAUUUUUUCGUAGGAAAUCAAACCUCACACGUCAUAUGAAAGUUCACACAGAAGAAAAAAAUUACAAAUGUUUAGAUUGUGGGAAAGCAUUUUCUUGUUCAUCAUCCCUGACAAAUCACACCCGCCUAAUACAUGUAGGAGAGACGCCCCAUAAAUGCUUGGAGUGUGAUAAAUGUUUUUCCAGGAAAGAUACUCUUUUGAAGCAUCAGAGAAAUCAUACUGGAGAAAAACCUUAUCAAUGUCUAGAGUGUGGGAAAUCUUUUGCUCACAAAGAAUAUCUUAGAAACCACGAGAGAAUUCACACAGGAGAGAAACCUUACAAGUGCGGGCAAUGUGGGAAGGUCUUUACUUGGAAAUCAAAGCUUUCGGUACAUGAGAAACUUCACAAAGGAAUAAAAUCACACAGAGGGGAGAAGAACAAAAAGUGCCUAGAAUGUGGGAGAUGUUUUUCCCAGAAAUCACACCUGGUGCGACAUCAGAGAAUUCACACUGGAGAGAGACCCUAUGAAUGCCCAGAAUGUGAGAAACGAUUUGUGGAGUCUGCUGAACUUCGGAGACACCAGAAGGGGCACAGAGGAGAGAAGCCGUAUAUAUGUGGGGAGUGUGGGAAAAGUUUUACCUCAGCAACACUGCUUCGGAUUCAUCAGAGAAUCCACACGGGGGAGAAACCAUUCAAAUGUGGGGAGUGUGGGAAAUGCUUUUCCCAAAAGCAACACCUUCGAAGGCAUCAGAGCAUCCAUACAGGAGCGAAGCCAUACAGAUAAGCAGAAUGUGGGAAAGGUUUUUCUCAAAAGGCGGGACUUUCUGAAUAUCAGCAAACACACAGG